AUGCUCAAGAAGCUUGCCUUGGCUGUUCUCGCCGCGCAGGGCGCGGUGGGCAUGCGCUUUGCCAUGUAUAUCGACCAAUACCACACGACCGACCUGCCGGACAGCUCGCAGACAGAGGGCAUCACGCACGCGAUCAUGGCCUUUGCAAAGACCACCCUCUUCACCGGCCAGGACGCCGGCGACUUCAAGCCGUUCCAGCCGGUCGAGCAGAUGCGCAAGCGCUUCGCCCCAGACACGAAGGUCAUGAUCGCCGUCGGCGGCUGGGGCGACACGUCCGGGUUCUCGGAGGGGUCGAAAGACGACGCGUCGCGCGAGCAGUUUGCAAAGAACCUAGCCAAGAUGGUGAACGACCAUGGCUUUGACGGAGUUGGUGAGUCCUCCCCUUCACCCUCCCCCCGGACCCAAACCCACGUUUCGCGCAGGCAGGCUCACGACGCAGACAUCGACUGGGAGUACCCCGGCGGCAACGGCGACGACUACAAGAAGAUCCCGAACGCGAAGAAGAAGCCCGAGAUCGAGGCGUACCCGCUGUUCGUGCAGGCGGUGCGGGCGGCGCUGGGCAAGGACAAGGUGCUGUCGCUGGCGGUGCCGGGCAAGCGCGAGGACAUGAUCGCGUUCACGAAGGAGAACGGGCCGAAGAUCUGGCCGUCCGUCGACAUGGUCAACGUGAUGUCGUACGACCUGAUGAACCGGCGCAACAACGCCACCGCGCACCACAGCAGCGUCGCGCAGUCGCUCGACACGGUGCACGCGUACAAGGAGAUCGGGCUCGACCCGGCCAAGAUGAACCUCGGCGUGGCGUACUACGCGAAGUGGUUCACGACGCAAAAGGACGCCGACUGCGAGGAGCACCCGCUCGGAUGCCCGGUCGUGGCCAUGGAGAAGCCCGACGGCUCGGAUAAUGGCAAGUCGGGGGUGGUGACGUUUGAGAAGGGUACGAUGGCGCCGCCGCCGAAGGAUCUGAAGGAGUCGACGGAUGGGACGUGCGGGUUUGCCAAGGGGACGCGCUGUCCGAAGGGGCAGUGCUGCAGUCAGUAUGGGAACUGCGGCUCCGACGACGACUUCUGCCAGGCGGGCUGUCUGUCCGAUUACGGCGAGUGCAAAGGCAUCUCGAUCAUCGACUCGUGGCGCCGGGCGGAGAAGGACGGCAAGCUGGACGAGAAGGCCGGCGGGCAGUACUACUUCGACAAGGAGGUCGACCUCUUCUGGACGUGGGAUACGGUGCCGAUGAUCGAGCGCAAGUUCAAGGACAUCGUGGAUGCCGAGCACGUGGGCGGCGUGAUGGCGUGGAGUCUGGGCGAGGACACGCUGGACUUUUCGCAUGUGAAGGCGAUGCAGGAGGGGUUUGAAGACUAUAUCUAUAUGUGCGAUCUAUAUCUAUAUCUAUAUCCAUCGAUGUUGAUGUGUUACAGUUUGUAUAGUGAAUUUGGUGGCAGCGCAAACACAUCCGCACAUGCCAGCCAAUCCGCAUGCGGCCUGUUGCACGGGGUGUGUUUGCUUUCUUUCAACGGCCGCAAACGAUCCCAGGGCUUCCAAUUGAUUUUACGCAGUAUAUAA